GGCUGUGGGCCAUGGGAGCUAAGGAAAGUACGUACACAGAAGGUACCAGAAGUACCAGAGGGUCAAGAUGCAGGCAGCUGCCUUCAAGGACAAGAAACGGGGGUCCCCGGCCCAUCGGGAAGGUGCCAAGGACCCUGACUACGAGAAUAUCACCUUGGCCUUUAGAAACCAGAACCAGCCAAAGGGUGGUCACCCACCGCUCACGAGUCAAGGUGAACAGAUGCCCACCUGCCCUCAUCCCACAGCCUUGGGAAGGGCCCAGCCCAGGUCACCCUCGGACCGUGCCCAGGUCCCUCACUGGUUGUACAGGGCCAUCAUGAGCCUGUACAUCCUCCUCACCGUGGCCUUACUGUUUUGCAUCAUUCUCUCGGCUCUAGUCCUGGUGAAAAAUUCUGAGAUGUCCAAGGAGGUGCGGAAUUUGAAAACGGAGAUUUGGAAUGUGACAAACUUGAUGCAAGAAUGUGAGAAGAGGCAGGAGAAGGGCUUCCACCCUGUUCAGCAGAGCAUCGGCGAGGUCAGGAGGAAGGUGGAGAACUUGGCGACGCAGCUAGCAGAAAUAAACAAAAUCAAUACAAACAUAGAGAAAACCUUACAAGAUCUGAAGAAGACAAGUACAUCCCCAGCUUGAACAAAUGAGACGCCAUUGUAGCCACAGCAUGAAGGACGGGAUUGCACCUGCCAACGAAAAUGGAAAUGGAGCCUCCAAAUCUAAUGUGAACCUGCCCCUCGGCCCAAAUAUAGAAAAUCUCGUGUCGUGGUGAA